AUGACAGAUAUCUUUUCAAUUCAAAAUAUUUCAACGUACCCAAUUCCUUUAAUUAAAUCAGAUUAUCAAAAUGUAAUUAACGAUGAUUUACUAUAUCAAUUUGAUGAAGAUAUUGAUAAUUUUCAAUCUUAUCAUUUAUCAAUGAAUUCAAAUCAUAAUUCUAAUAAUAAUCAAGAACAAAAUGACCUUAAUACUAUUUCUAAAAAUAAUUAUGAAAAUUAUUCCUCAAUUGAAAAUGAAAAUUUAAUAAAUUAUCAUGAUAUAUUAAGUAUUGCAAUUGAUGGAAAGAAACAAUUAAUUUCUGAUAAUAAUAAUAAUAAUAAUAACCUUUUCAAUUCUUAUGAAACUAAAUGUUAUAUUUCUACUCCUUUAAAUCAAUUACACAAAAGAGAUAACUUUGAUGAGGAGAAUCAUUAUAUUUAUCAACAACAACAACAAAAUAAUAUUAAUUCUUAUAAUAAUUCCAAUUUUCCUAAUAAUAUUCCUUCAAUUUCUUCGGAUGAAGAAGAAGAGGGAGAUGAUUUAGAUAUUUAUAGUGACGUAAUUCAUACAAUCCCAAUUAGAACGAAACAUCAAGUUCCAAUAUUGAAUACAAAAUGUAUAUAUGAAGAAUUUUUAAAGGAUUACGAUUCCGUUUCAACUGAUAAUUCUUGUCACUCAGAUCCUAUUCAUGAAAAUUUCACUACAAAUACAACCUUCAAUAAUACUAUUAAUUAUGGCAUAGCUUGUCAUGAGUUUCCUAUUAAAGAAAUAACAACGGCAUCAAAGAAUACUCAUUAUUUGGAAAAAAUUCCAAGAUUAGUUCCUGAUAUAUUUCCAGAAAUUUCGACAACUGAAAGUAAAUAUUUUCGUAAUAUUCAAAUAUUAGAGAAUAAAAAUCAAAAUUUUCAACAUCCUGUCGCUGUGGAUUCAUUUACUAAUAUGACUGAGAAUGAAAUAUAUAACGAUAAGACAUCAAAUCCAACAGAAUUUGAGUUUAUUUGUAAAUUACAAAAGAAACUUUAUCGCUAUUUCAGUAAUGCUGAUUAUUUGGAUAAAGUACGUUUCCAAGAAAUAUCAUAUAGAUUCAGUAAGACGUACUACUGA